AGAGACUUUACGUCAGUUCGACAAUAAUGAGGAUUUUCAAACUUACCUUCUUGUUACUUACCAUCUUGGUGAUUCUCUCUGCUGUGGAUGUUGGUGAAUGCGGAUUUUUCGAUUUUCUCAAGAAAAUUGGAAGAGGGAUCAAAAACGUUUUCAAAAAGAUUGGAAAGGGGGCCAAAGUCGUUGUAGAAGGAGGAAUGAAAGUCGGAGAAAUAGCCGGAAAGUUAGCUCCAAUUGUCGGUGCGGCAUAGUUGCAUGAGGACAUUGAUAUUUCGUGCUCGGCUGUAAUAAAUCUUGGCA